AACGUGCAGCGCCGAUAGCGAGAACGGACGCAAUCGUUCGACGGAACAGUCGCGGCCGUUUUGAAUAACAAAAACAACAAAAACAAAACAUAGUGAAGUGACAUGUGAUUUGUGUUAUCUUUAAUUAGACAAAUGAAAUGUAUAUCGAAGGGCGUACGACCCGAAGAAUCAAAUGAAGGGAAGGCCUGAUUGUGUUCCUAGUAAAUUGCCUGUGGUACUAGGAAAGAUUUUACUUCACUGGCUCUUCACGAAGGCUGAUGUAGUGUUCUUUAUUUACCGUUUUCUUUGGUAUGCGUGUCAUUUACAAGUCCGAUCCUCAAUGAACAGCGGCGUGGAUUUUUUUGAAAGUUUAAUCGACGAAGACGGGCGUUUCGCUGAAUAUAAUUGUCAGGAACCAGCGCAACGGGGACAAAGACAGCGACAGCGACCCCACGUGCAGGCAGAAAAUAUUAACAAUGGUGGCGGGCUUUCCCUGUCUCCACCACACACUGUAUCACAGCGAGAGACUGGUACACAGGUGUCUCAGUGCUAUAGCGGGCCUCCCUCACCUUGUGGGUCAUCAAGUGCGACCACGUCGCCAGCGAGUUCGCCAGCACCUCCUGGUACCGCCACCCUGGAUCCCAACUGGCAAGCGACAAAGCCUACAGUUCGAGAGAGAAACGCUGCUAUGUUCAAUAACCAGCUAAUGUCUGAUAUUACUUUUAUUGUCGGAGCCCCAGGACACACAAAGAUUAUACCAGCACACAAAUAUGUGUUAGCAACUGCAAGUUCAGUCUUCUAUGCUAUGUUUUAUGGAGGUUUGGCAGAAUGUAAACAAGAAAUUGAGGUUCCAGAUGUAGAGCCAUCUGCGUUCCUUGCUUUACUAAAGUAUAUUUACUGUGAUGAAAUCCAACUGGAGGCAGAUACUGUAUUAUCAACUCUCUAUGUAGCCAAAAAAUAUAUUGUACCUCAUCUGGCUAAGGCAUGUGUCAAUUAUUUGGAAACUAGUCUCACAGCAAAAAAUGCAUGCCUUCUUUUAAGUCAGUCUCGACUUUUUGAGGAGCCUGAACUAAUGCAGAGAUGCUGGGAGGUCAUAGAUGCCCAGGCUGAAAUGGCUUUGACAUCAGAAGGGUUUGUGGACAUUGAUAUGUCGACAUUGGAGUCAGUGUUAGCAAGGGAAACUCUGAACUGUAAAGAAAUUAACUUAUUUGAGUCAGCAUUAGCAUGGGCACAUGCUGAAUGUAUGCGUAGAGAUAUAGAUCCUUCACCGAUUAACAAAAGAGCGAUGCUUGGAAAUGCCAUAUACUUGAUCAGAUUUCCCACAAUGUCUUUAGAAGAAUUUGCAAACAGUGCUGCUCAACUUGGAAUACUAACCCCGCAAGAAACCAUAGAUAUAUUCUUGCAUUUUACUGCAUGCAGUAAACCAAUGCUAUCUUAUCCCAUUAAAUCCAGAGCUGGAUUGAAAGCUCAGAUUUGCCACAGAUUUCAAUCAUGUGCCUACAGGAGUAAUCAGUGGAGGUACAGAGGACGAUGUGACUCUAUACAGUUCUGUGUAGAUAAAAGAAUAUUUGUUGUUGGAUUCGGACUUUAUGGAUCUUCAAAUGGUGCAGCUGAUUAUAAUGUUAAAAUUGAAUUAAAACGCCUCGGAAGAGUUCUAGCAGAGAAUAAUACAAAGUUCUUCUCUGAUGGUUCAAGCAACACUUUUCAUGUAUACUUUGAAAACCCCAUUCAAAUUGAACCUGAAUAUUUCUACACUGCAUCAGCAAUACUAGAUGGGAGUGAAUUAAGCUAUUUUGGACAAGAAGGCUUGAGUGAGGUGUAUAUGGGCACAGUGACAUUCCAGUUUCACUGUUCUUCUGAGAGUACUAAUGGUACUGGAGUGCAAGGAGGACAAAUACCUGAACUCAUUUAUUAUGGACCUACUAUAUGUGCUCCUGCUAUUAAGAAUUCUAGUCCAAAUGAAGACUGACAAAAGCCUAUUAAUCACCCUGUCAAUUACUAUUCAGUAUGAACCAGGGCUGAGAAAAUUCAAUUAAAUAUUAUGUAUAGUUAACACAUACUUAACCAUUCCCAAAGUGUUAAAAUUUGUUUUGUUGAAAAUAUGAUAGAUCUUAUGUAUAUUGUUGAACUUUAAUAGAGUUAUAAGAGAAUGUGAUAUGGGUGUUGUAAAAGCUCUCUAAGCUAUUAGAAAUUAGAUCUAUUCAAUAAAUUCUUUGGAAUAAUAAAUAAUUAAACAUUAUUUUCUCUACUGUCCGAUUUAUUUUGAAGUUAUUAUUUGAUUAAUUUAGCUGUGUCUGCAAUCAAUAUUUAUUAUAAAACCAUAAGUUGCAUUUUCAACUUUUGUCCUUGUUUUUUUUACACGAAAACAAC